AUGGAUGAACACGAAAUAACCAAUCGACUGGCAAUAACAAAUUUGGACUUUGAUUCAGUGAAUCUUUCGACAAUUUUUAGAAUAUUUGAAUCAGUGAUUGGACCCAGUAUAGUAAGGAUUUCGCUGUUUGGAACGGAGCGAAGUCAGCAAUAUGCUAUUGCUGAGUUCACCGAUAAAAGACAUGCAAAGGAUGCAUAUGAUUCUAUUGAUGGUCUUGAGAUUGAGGCUACGGGAAAUAUUUUUGAUCUUAGCUUUGUUCCGGCUGACUUUAAAGGCGAUACUUUGCUAGACGACUGCAGCAACCCAUGUGGCUAUGAAAAUACAAACAAAGCCAACAAAAGAUGCAGUAUGGAUGAAAGUCUAGAUACAAUUAUCUGA